AUCACUGUUUUCUGCUUUUUGCAAUUUGGGUUUCCUUUGUUUUUUUGCAUAUCCUUAUUUCUUAUUUUGUGUAAAAGUGGUCAAUAAUCAAUAUUCUAAUUUUUGGUCUCGGAGUUGUGUCUAUAUAUGUAGUGCUCUGUUUCAUUCUGCCUUCUAUCCUGUGAAACAAAGUUCACUUUUUUCACUCCACACCCGUCUCAUUCUGUUUGCCUAACUUGUGAAGGAAGGAAGCAGAAGAGUUCAAGGAUCUGUGUGUGGAUAUGGAGGGGAAGGUUGUAUCAAGGUUUAAGAGGGUUUGUGUGUUUUGUGGAAGUAGCAGUGGAAAGCGGGAAAGCUAUAGAGAAGCUGCUAUUGAAUUGGCCCAAGAGCUGGUGGCUAGGGGAUUGGACCUUGUUUAUGGUGGAGGGAGUAUUGGGUUAAUGGGUCUGGUUUCUCAAGCUGUUCACAGCGCAGGAGGAAAUGUUCUUGGAAUCAUUCCCAGAACUCUGAUGAGUAAAGAGAUAACAGGUGAGACGGUUGGAGAGGUAAGGCCGGUAGCAGACAUGCAUCAAAGAAAGGCAGAAAUGGCACGCCACUCUGACUGUUUUAUUGCUCUACCAGGUGGGUAUGGAACUUUAGAGGAGUUAUUGGAAGUGAUAACAUGGGCACAGCUCGGGAUUCAUGAUAAGCCUGUGGGUUUGCUCAAUGUUGAUGGUUAUUAUGACUAUCUACUCACUUUCAUUAACAAAGCUGUGGAUGAUGGCUUUAUUAAGCCUUCACAGCGCCACAUCAUUGUCUCUGCACCAAAUGCCAAGGAAUUGGUUCAAAAGCUUGAGGAAUACGUGCCAGUGCAUGAUGGAGUUAUAACCAAGGCAAGUUGGGAGGUCCAGCAACAAGAGCAAUCACAGCAACAAGUGGGGUUCAAUGCUACGACAUUGCAUACUGAAAUCUCCCUAUGAAGGGGGACUUCAAAAAGGAAGGAACAAAAGUAAGGGGCAAAGGUGGCUCAUGCUCUUGGCUUUUUCCCCUGAUUUUUUUGUGUCAUAUACCAACCAGAACAUAUGGUCUUGGUAAGGUGUGAAUGGCUAGUAGAUAGAAAGACAAAAGUGGGUCUUUUUGGCUUGCAAAGCUUUAAUGUUGUAAGUUAAUGCACAAUUUAAAUGUAUUUUGGUGUCUAGAGUAUGUACAAAGUAUAUAUAAAGUGCAAGAAGUAAAAUCCAAAGUUCGCA